CUGGCGGAGGACGACGCGCGGAUCCGGCGGCGGCAGGGACUGCUGCUCGAAGGCGUUGUGCAUUUUUUUUACUACUCUCUGCGUGCGCAGCGCCUUUUGCCCACACUUAUUAUUGGAUUGAGCGUACGCGCGCGUUUGGUUUGCAGCGAUGCGAUGUGCCGCCGUGCAACUUGCGCCGCCGCUCGACGAAAUCUAGUAUGUCUACGCCUAUGAACGCCCCCUCCUAGCACUGCAGGCCAAGCAGAAAAAGCUCUCAGUUUAUGGUGCAAGCGGUGCGCUCGACUAACCCUCGAUGCGCCGCAGUGUCAUUAUUGCUGCACUAGCCCUCGAAGCUGUCGCCUUGGCGCCGUCUCACAACCGCCGCGCGGUGCUGUCGCUGCCGCUCGCCGCGGCGCCUGUGGUGCCGCUCGCUGCGGUGUCCGCAGCCGCCGCACGGCCGCGCCGCGUGCUUGUCGCUGGCGCCUCGGGCCGUAGCGGUCGCGAGUGUGUGCGGGCGCUUGACGGGGACGAGCGCUACACAGCAGUACCGCUCGUGCGGUCCUUGGAACGGUGGCGGGUGUCAGCGGCAGCGGCGGGGCUCGAAGCCACGGGGCGGACCGUGGUCGAGGCAGACGUGACAGCACCCCCGACGCUAGAUAGGGCGCUAAAGGGCAUCGACGACGUGAUCUGUGAUGUGGGCUUCGUGCCGACCUUCGAUGCCGAGGCGGACCGUCGCGCAGCACUUGACGUAGACCGCGACGGUGUAGUCGCACUUGUUGAGGCUGCUGAGCGUGCGAAGCUGCCUGGCCGCUUUGUUUUGGUUUCGUCGCUCCUGGCCGGCGAAGCCGCUGCGCGCGAUCGCACGGCGAGCUAUCGCAUGCUGAACGGCUUGGGCGGCGUGUUGGAUGCGAAGCGGGUCGCUGAAGCACGCCUGCGCGAGAGCCCGAUCGACUGGACCAUUCUCCGACCAGGGGUAUUUGUGGACAGCCCUCAGGGCGGAUUAGUCGUCGGCGCUGAGGACCGCUUUCUGGCGACGACUGCGGAUGCCCGGGGCCUCGACCGCGUUUCGUGCAAGAGCCCGUUUUUUGCGAGCAGCGGCGCCGCGUGCGGCAUCACGCGUAGCCAGCUC